AUACAUUAGCACACGGCGGUGUGCGGAUCUAGUCCGUCGGACUUGGUCGCACAUCAAACGUGCCUGUGUAUGCCAUUGUCCGUCAAUGUUCGCGCACUGUUUAGCGGACCAAAAGUCCUCGUGAGUGAGAUUGAACCCGCCCGAUUUUUCGGACAGUUUCCUUACAGUUCCCGCGUAUAUGUGCUAGUGUGUGGUGAAGGACGGACCGCGAACUACGCAUUUAACCAUGGAAAAGACCAUUCAAGAAGUUAACCGAAAAUAUAAUUCAGAGGAAUAUAUUCGCGGCUUGCUCGCAAAAUAUAAUGACUUUCCGUGCCUUUGGAAAGUAAAGUCAAAAUGUUAUUCAAACAGAAAUAUGAAGGAAGACGCAUAUAAAGAAUUAGUAAAGUACACAAAAGACACAAUUGAUGAACAUGCUACGGUUGAUGUGAUAAAGAAGAAAAUUGGUGCGCUAAGACGAACAUUCAGAAGAGAACUACUAAAAGUAAAGGAGUCAAAGAAAUCCGGCGCAGGGGGAGACGAUAUUUACACUCCGCAUUUAUGGUACUAUAGUCUACUGCUUUUCACGUCUGAUCAGGAGGAACCUCGUGACACAAUUUCUAAUGAUAUUGCGCUGGAAGAACUUCAAACAGCGGAAGAAAAAUCCCCAAAUUACAUUUCUGGCGCGGAAGCUGACUUCCGGGAAAUUCAACAGUCAGAGCCAGCGGAAACAAUGCACCCUACAACGAAAAGGAAGAAAUUAGUUACAAAAGACAAUAGCACGCUUUUGGCCAAAGCAUACGAGAUUCUGGAGAGACCGAUUCCUGGUACAGAUGAAUAUGACAAUUUCGGAGUUACUGUAGCUGCUAAACUACGAAAAAUGGACGCCGAUUAA